AUGCCCACUGUGAGCCGCCCUGAACACACUUUACCUGAGCAAUAUCUAGUGUUGGUUUUUCAGGCCUUAAGGCUCAGGGUUGUGACAGCUGCUCUUCGUUCAGUGGAUGUCAAGUUUACUGACGUCGACUAUAAGGUCUACACAGAUGCUGCGGCCCACGUAUUGAAAGGCGGCUCCCCCUAUGAGCGACACACUUACAGAUAUUCUCCUUUGGUGGCGUACUUGUGUCUUCCCAACCUGUUGGGAUGCCCAUUUUUCGGAAAGUUAUUAUUCUGCUGCAUCGAUUUGGCUAUAGCUCUGUUGAUAGAGAAAGGGCUAUGGAGAAUACAUGAGGAGUGUCGGCACAGCAGGCAAGAGGAGGGGGGUUCCACCCGUGGACGGCGGCACAACGCAAUAUCCGUGGCAGAGAACAUGAGCAGCAACAUAAGCAAGAGCAGCAGCAGCAGCGGGGAAUAUCCCGUGCACACGUUUUUGCUACCUUGGUGCUGCUGGCUGAUCCACCCGGUUGUGGCCACCGUGAGCGCCCGUGGCAACGCGGACUCAAUCCCCUGCCUUUUUGUGCUGCUGACGGUCGAUGCCGUUCGCUCUCAGAGGCUUCUAUUGUCGGCAGUGCUAUAUUGCCUGGCCGUCCAUGUUAAGCUUUACCCUGUUAUUUACGGAGUUCCCAUUUUGCUGUAUAUGCAGGAAGGGGAGAUUCCAGUGUAUCUUACAUUUCUUCCUCACCGCCCCAAGGGCUUUUUGAGGCAGCUCUUUUGGGGGCUUGUUUCUGCUCCUGUUGCGGCUCUGCUGUUGCCGUUCCGCGCAUGCUGCUUCUUGUUGCGCAAUAUGGGGCGUCGGCAGUGGGCUUUUGGGCUCCUCUCAGUUUUCAGUUGCUUUGCGAUAGGGUCGCUGUUUUACCACUUGUACGGCUUUCCCUUUGUCUUCGAGUCCUACUUGUACCACGCCACCCGCAGCGACCAUCGUCACAACCUAUCACUUUUUUUCUAUCUUCUCUAUCUUGAUUCGUUGGCGCCCCUCAAGACUGUCACAUUCGUGGCACUCAACAAAGUGUGCACCACUCAGGCAAGUUGCACAGCCUUCACGAAAUUGUUUGGAGUUGAGGUUCUGAGGUUCCUUCCAUACUUUCUUUGGUGGCUAUGCUUGUUGCCAUUUGCUGUUGCGGCAACAGACCUAAAAAAGAAAACAAUAACGCAGGCAUUCGUGGCCAUGGCCAUUUUUCAACUGGCUUGUUUGCUUUGGCUGUUCUUCGGUUACCAACUCGAGUUCGAGGGGAAGCCGGUUUUCUUGAAGCUGAUGUUCGCUUCUGCGAUCUUCACGCUUAGCCAGUUGGGACUGGUUGUAUUUUUCGUUCUAAAAAUUCGUUCAAACGACGCAGGCCAGAAGGCCAAAGGCAGCUGCGUCGAUGUCGCUGGUGCUGCUCAAGUAGCAGCAUUGGAGAGGAAGCAGGUUUAG